CAAAUAUACUCUGUAGCAGUUCUCAUUUUCUAUUGAGUGCGCUUUUUGGUUGCAACUUCAGGCCAAGUCUGGAGGACCUCGUGGCUGUCAAACCGAACCGCUUUAUUAUUAACCACCAGUAAGCAGACUUUCCAUCAGCUCUUCCUAACUUGGAGCCUCGGUAGGACGUCAACCGAGCGACUCCCACGGUUACUAAGUCGCUCUAAACUUUAUCAAAACAAAGGAAAAGUAGCGCGAAAGGUGAAGUUGGAGCUCUUGAAUCUCAAAACUGUGCAAUUAAAGUGGAGUCUCUGUUGGAGUCGUGCGGGAAAAGUAGUUGGCGCGAGGAAAAUUAACGUUUCCAUUCAUCCUCGAGAGUCCCACGCGCAGCUUUCUUGAGUUGCUGCCGCCUGCAAACAUGACGCGAAGAUCCUGCGCGAUUUAUGCGGUCGGGAUCAUCUGCGCUGCCCUGCUGGUCGUUGGGAUUGGCUUGGUUGUGGGUCAAGUUUUCCGUAAUUUGAUGCACGAGCGCCUCAAGAAGGAGAUUGUAUUGGUAGAGGGCAGCCGGGUGUUUGAGUCAUGGAAGACCCCUCCCCCUCCCGUCUACAUGGAGUUUUUCUUCUUCAAUGUGACCAAUGUGGAGGAGUUCCUCCAAGGGGAAAAGCCAGUGGUCAACCAGGUCGGACCGUACACGUAUAGAGAAUACAGGUAUAAGACAAACGUAUCCAUGGUGGAAAACAACACCAGAGUCUCUGCCUACACCACCAAAAGCUUUGUAUUUCUGAGGGACAAGUCCGUGGGUGACCCGACUGUCGAUAACAUCACCACUGUCAACAUCCCGUCUUGGGCUGUAAUGAACAAGUUGAAAGGCAGUUUCUGGAAGGCUUCGUUGGUGUCCAUGUGGAUGACUUCUUUAGGGAGCGGCCUCUUCACGACCCGUUCUGUUGAUGAGUUGCUGUGGGGCUAUGAAGACCCCUUACUGGCUCGCGUUGCUCCAACUAAUCCUGAGGUGGAGAAAAUCUUUGGCCUCAUGUACAAGAAAAAUAACAGUAACAAUGGGGAGUUUGUCUACCACACUGGGCAGCAGAACUACAUGGACUAUGGCCGUGUCGAAACAUGGAAAGGCGAAAGCAAGCUGUCCUUUUGGACAUCGGACCAAAGCAACACCAUCAACGGAUCGGAUGGAAGUGCUUUCCACCCUCUGCUGAAAAAAGACGAACGCAUUUACGUUUUUUCUCCAGACCUCUGCAGGUCGAUCUACAUGGAGUUUGAAAAAGACGUAGAGGUGAAAGGAAUCCCGGCGUACCGCUUCACCCCACCCCCCUCCGUCUUGGCUAGCAAAGAGGAGAACCCAGCCAAUGAAGGUUUCUGCAUCAGCCCCAAGGAGUGCCUGGGAACCGGCCUUCUUAAAGUCAGCCCAUGUCGGAAAGGAGCUCCAGUGGUCACCUCCUUCCCACAUUUCCACCUGGCGGACUCUAAAUAUGUCUCUGCUAUUGAAGGAAUGUCCCCUCAGAGAGAGCAUCACCAAACAUUCCUUGACCUCAACCCGACCACUGGAGUGAUAGUGCGUGCAAGCAAGAGAGCCCAGGUGAACAUCCUGAUGGAGAGAAUCUCUGGAUUCCCAAAAACCAGGACUUUGAAUGAGACAGUCUUUCCCGUCAUGUUUCUCAAUGAGAGCGUAACAAUUGAUGAUGUAUCUGCAGCCAGACUACAAAAACUGCUCCUGAUCAGCACCCUGGUGUCUAACUUCCCCCUCAUUAUUGUGGGUCUUGGUGCCAUCAUGCUCGCUGUCUUCAUCAUCCUAUUAUACCGGGCUCACAAACAUAAGAGUGAAGUUAAGCGUGUUGUGUUUACCAAGCCGCUCUAUGCUACCACUGCUGAAGAGGACACUUCUUACUAUCCAGUCAGCGACAAUGACAAGGAAAAGGAAAUGGAAAAGGACGAUCCUCAAAACGGCACCUACAUUGGUUUGACACCUAAAGUUGACCCCCAAGCUUGAGGGAAAGGUUGGAAGGGGGUGGGAACAAUCAGAGUUACGGAUUAUUGUUUUACGAAGAGGAAAAUCCCCAUGAAAAACUGUCAAUAUUGCCUUUUUGAAUCAGAAAUCUCUGGGGGCUGGGAGGGUUCAUGGGUAGAGGAUGGGGGAUUUUUUUAAUUGUAGCCACAGAGGGGCUACUUUUAUGUCCAGGUCUGGCACAAAGAAAAAACAACCUUGAUUUGAAAAAAACUUGCACAAAGUGCUACUUUUUGCUGUUUGCUGAAAUCAUUUGCUGAAAAUUAAUGACAACAGGUAAAGCCUCUAUAAUGAGUUGACAUGGAGAGUACACCCUCUAACAGUCAUAAACAAAGUACAUCAGUGAAACUUGAAGCCUGGGAUGAAACAAGAUUUUAGUGCCUUUAUCAAUAUUAGAGUCUUGCCUCUCCGCUCCUUUUAUUUGAAGGUAUAAUAUGCAACUCUCUGUGUAGAUGUCCACUAGAAAACAAACCCAUCUUGACCUUUCCUGUGGUGUUUUGACAAUGCAGGGCAGACCUCUAUUCAGAUACACAGCCCAAAGUUUUUACAAUUCUUAUUUUUUGAGCAUUCUAGACAAAUAGACCAUGAAGUUUUGAAAGUAUGUUGGUUCCUUAUACUUUUGAAGUCUAUCAUUGUGCUUUUACAUCAGGGGUGUCCAAACUAUGGCCUGGGGGCCAAAUGUGGUCCAUUUUUAUCAGCCCAUGGCAAUUCUAAAAACGAAAUUAAAUAUGGCCCAUAUUAGGACCUGGAGCUUGUGCUUGACUGUAUUUUACCUAGGUUAAGCGCUAGGCGGCACUACCAUGCUAAUUCUGGAAACAAACAUUUUGACAAGAGGAGUUUAUGGGUGGGUUUUGUGACUAAUUUGAGACAACACUGUAAAUGGUAAACAUACAGAUAACCAAAAUCAAAAUAUGUUGAUUUACCACAGUGACUCGCUGUAGCUUAAUUAGCUUUAGCUAAAGCUAACAUAGCUAUGCUAGCUAAAUAAUUCAAUGUAGCUAAGCAACGCCAGCUUUCGCUACUGUAGCAACGUAGAUAACGUACCUACGCAGCUCAUAUAGCAGCUUUUACCUUUAGCUAUAGUAGCCACAUUAGCUACAUAGCUAUGUUAUCUCAAGCUUAGUUAGCUUUAGCAAUGAAAGCUUUAGGAAACUUAGCUAAAGCUUACUUCGCUACCCAGAUAAUUUUGAGCUGCUUUAGUAAAAUAGCUACAUUGUCUAUGUAGCUCAUGCAGCUAAUAGAGCUACAUAAGCUACUCUUUCUGCGUUACAAUGUUUUUUCAUGGAGGAUAAGAUUUUAUCCUGUAAGCGGACUGUUUUCUUGGCUUUAUUAAAUGAUUGGUUGUUCGGUUUAGCUCGGUUCGGUUUUUAACUCUUAUCUUUUUGCAUCCUAACUAUUACCAUAACCCUUCACAGCAGGUGCUUCAGGACUGAUAUAUAUGGUGUCUCAGAAGAACAGUCUGUGAGAGUGGCUGUCAGAGAUGAAUGGUCGGUAGCUAGACAGUCUUGAUCAAGUUUGGCAGCUUCAUGAAGUUUGCUCUUGUUUUGUGUUUGAAUGUGGAGAUGAGCCAUCAGCAUCUCCCCUCUCUGCUGCAACAAGCAUUGUUUUCUUCCUUACCACAGCUGGAGCCAGUAGUAGCUGGGGUGGUGGAAGCUGAAAUCUAUUGGCCUCCUCAAAUCCUUAAAAUGAUUGGAUUUGUUUAAAUGGCUUGUUAGUGGCUGACAAGGCAACUAGCCAAUCACUUAAUAUAGCUUAACUUACUGGACUGGCCUUACUAACUGUGAUAUCCUAAAUGAGAUGUAUUAAAUAGCACCACCAUCCUUAUAUUUGUCUUUAUUUGGCACCAGUGGAAAAGUUUUGACACCCCUGCUCUACAUACGUCAUCCCUGAGUAGGUGGGGUUGACUCUUUUCUGGUGGGCUAGCCAUUGGACUGGGGGGCGUUGUGUAAAAAAAUCAUGUAUGAAACAUGUUUGAGUCAUAACUUAAAUAAGCUGGAGGAUGAACCAUCCAACCAGUGUGAACACAGAGCUGAGCACAACAACCCCAUAAGAAAUUUGACUACCUUUUUUUAGAUAAAUCUGCUGUACAUACGUCUAAGAUGUUGCAUAUUAUACCUUCAAGGACUACUGUUCGACCAGGGUUGUAAAGUUCAUAAACAGAUUUUAUACUUCACUCUCAGGGGCUCUGCUUUGUCAUUAUUAAAUAUUAAAGAGAAGGUAUCAGGUCUGCCCUGCAUGAGGACAUUUAAAGCAAUUCAGUAUUACUGUGUCAUCUGCAUUUCAUCCUAAGUAUAAUGUUACACAACAUUUCAAGGCUCAUUAUUACUUCCUAUUCAUACACUGUUUCCAGAGAGAUGCCUGUGCACAUCAUUAUCACUGUACCUGAACGGCCCUCAGGUAUGUUUUUUUUGUAAAUAUAUAGCCUUAGAUGAGCUGAACUGCUCGCAUUCCCCUCUGUGUAUGAUGGGAAUGAGUAUCAGACAAAAAAUUGUACAUUUUGAAUGCUUAAAUACUUGUAUAAUAAGUUCUUUGCAUUUUUUGUAAAUGUUCAUGUAGAAAAAUGAUAGGAUGAGGAACUUAGAUGUUAGAGCCUCAAAAAUGUGUCUUAGUGCUAUAAUGAGCAUCACUUAAAUCAGCUGUGCAAAGCCCUACAUUUGUCAGGAAUUACAGUAUUUUUGCCCUGUGUAACUGCUCAUACUGUCAAACAUAGACAUAGAGACAUGUCAUUGAUUUUAUUAUCAUUUCAAAUUGUGCAUUUUUUAUGUGGUUGAUGGCCUUAAUGGCGUUUUUUUGGUGCUGUUUGGACACUUAUCCACAAAAUAGAUCUUUUUAGUGUUUAUAAAAGACUUCAGAUUUCAUUUCAGGUGUUCAACCAUUACAAAACCUACAAGUGGGCAAUAUGAAGAAAUGCUGUAGUUGUGCCUUUUGAAGAAUGAAUGUUAAUGGGUUUGUUUUUCUUUGAUAUUUCUACACAUUUGUAAAAAUGGCAAAAGUAGUGCCAACAAACUGUGACGUAGAUGUCCUUUUCCUCCAUAUACCAAAUAAACUCGGCAUGAAUCUGGUCUAUAUAUUGCUUGAAUGAUAGACUGUUUUUAGUGUUUUAACUCAAAGCUGGUGUAGAUUUCAGGUGCCGUUAAAUGUGAUAUUGAUAAUGCUGCAGAAUGACUUCAUUGAACUGUGAUGAGCCCUGCUUUUACAACUGCUCUUAUUCUUAGUUGAAUGAAUGAGUUGCUUCAGAACUCUUGCACUCUUGUGAUUAGUAAUGAAUACAAACAAUGGUGAAGAGGCUGUUUUCUGUAGAGAUAUUUGCCCUUUAAAUGUUACUAUUUUUGUUUGAUGUAUGCUUUAAUUCAUUUGUGUAUAAUUAAAUCAAAUAAAAAUGGAAAAUUCAUGGAAUUGAUAAUGUAACAGCAUAUAUCCUUGAAUGAACAGAUAUGUCUACCAUUAUUUUAUGCAAAAACAGUAUUACAUGAUAUUAGUGUUUUGUUUUAACGGGAUAGAUUUUUUUUUUUACAUCGGUAAAACCAAAACUGAAAGCAUCACAUGGAUUGGACACAUGUACUCUGAAUACUGAUUGUACUUUCUGAAGUUACACUGACUUCUGUAACCAUAUCUAACUGUCAACUUGUUAUCAAAAUUGACUGUAAAACUGUUUCUACUGUGUACACAGAAUUAAAAGUACUUAAGUGAA